UUUUAUUUCAGAGACUCUACCAUCUGUGAUAAAACCAGAACUUUACCAGGGAUGGAACUGGCUCAUAGUUUGUUGCUGAAUGAGGAAGCGUUAGCACAGAUCACAGAAGCAAAGAGGCCAGUCUUUAUCUUUGAGUGGUUGAGAUUUUUAGAUAAAGUGCUGGUAGCUGCUAACAAGACAGAUGUCAAGGAGAAACAGAAGAAACUGGUAGAACAGCUAACAGGACUCAUCAGCAGCUCCCCAGGGCCGCCAACGCGAAAACUCCUCGCGAAAAAUCUUGCUGCUCUCUACAGCAUUGGAGACACAUUCACAGUUUUUCAGACACUUGACAAGUGUAAUGACAUCAUCAAGAGCAAAGAUGAUACUGCAGCCUACCUGCCCACAAAACUGGCUGCUGUGGCGUGUGUUGGAGCAUUUUAUGAGAAGAUGGGCAGAAUGCUGGGUAGUGCUUUUCCAGAGACAGUAAAUAAUCUUUUAAAAUCUCUGAAAAGUGCAGAGUCUCAGGGCCGCAGUGAAAUCCUGAUGAGUUUACAGAAGGUCUUAAAUGGACUCGGAGGAGCAGCAGCUUCUUGUCACCGGGAUAUUUACAAGAACGCCCGGUCUCUGUUGACGGAUAGAUCUAUGGCUGUACGAUGUGCAGUGGCCAAGUGUCUGCUGGAAUUGCAAAAUGAAGCAGUGUUUAUGUGGACAGCUGAGCUGGAAAAUGUUGCUACACUGUGCUUUAAAGCUCUGGAAAACUCAAACUAUGGCGUGCGGGUUGCAGUGUCAAAGCUUUUGGGAACUGUCAUGGCUACAGCACUGAUACCAAAACAAGCAACAGUGAUGCGACAGAACGUGAAGAGGGCUACUCUUGAGGAGGUCUUGGAACUCAUGGCCACAGGAUUCCUGCGAGGAGGGUCUGGAUUCCUAAAGAGCGGUGGAGAGAUGCUCAAAGUAGGAGGAUCUGUCAAUAGGGAAGUGAGAGUUGGUGUUACUCAGGCCUAUGUUGUCUUUGUUACAACGUUAGGAGGUCAGUGGUUGGAGCGCAACUUUGCUACGUUUUUGUCCCAUGUACUUGACCUGGUCUCCCAUCCUCGUGCAACUCAGACCCACGUGGAGGCAGUGUACUCUCGAAGAUGUGUGUCCUUCAUCCUGAGAGCAACUGUAGGCAGCUUACUGGGGGAGAAAGCACAGAUUGCAGCUGCUAAAGAUAUAUGUCAAGCCAUUGGUAAACAGAUGAAGGCAGUGGAGGCAGUAGUGAAUGAUGCUAACAGUGAAAAUAAAGCAGGAGCUGCUGAUGUGGCUGCAAGCCAGCAUGUAAUGGUGUGUGCUCUCCAAGAACUGGGCAGUCUGGUGCAGAGUCUGAAUGCUACUGCAUCUCCUCUUAUUCAGGAACCCUCUAUUGGUCUGUUGGAGACAGUAACAUCAGUUCUUCUUCAUCCCAGCAUGGCUGCUCGACUUGCUGCUGCGUGGUGCUUGCGGUGUGUAGCUGUGGCAUUGCCUUUUCAGUUGACUCCAUUUUUAGAUAGGUGUGCAGAAAGACUCAACAAUCUGAAGACCUCCCCUGAAGCUGUUAGUGGCUACAGUUUUGCAAUGGCUGCUUUGUUAGGUGGUGUGCAUCAGUGUCCCUUAGGUAUUCCUCAUGCAAAAGGAAAGAUGGUGGUUAGUAUUGCUGAGGAUCUGUUACGAACUGCUGCACAGAACAGCAGGCUUUCCUUGCAACGAACUCAAGCUGGAUGGCUUUUACUUGGGGCACUUAUGACUUUAGGUCCUUCUGUUGUUCGUUAUCAUCUACCUAAGAUGUUGCUGCUAUGGAGAAAUGUGUUCCCACGAUCUCUGAAGGAGUUAGAGGCAGAAAAGGCAAGAGGAGAUUCUUUUACUUGGCAAGUAACGCUGGAAGGCCGCGCUGGGGCUCUGUGUGCUAUGAGAAGUUUUGUUGCUCACUGUCCUGAGCUCCUUACUGAGGAUGUAAUCAGGAAGUUGAUGACACCUAUAGAAUGUGCCAUGACAAUGAUGUCACACAUUCCAUCAGUAAUUAAAGCCCAUGGAGCUCAUCUGAAAGCUAGUGCAGCUAUGGUCCGUUUAAGACUUUAUGAUAUACUGGCUUUAUUACCUCCAAAGACAUAUGAAGGUUCAUUUAAUGCUCUUCUUAGGGAGUUGGUAGCAGAAUUUACUUUGACAGACAACUCCGCUAAUACAACCACAUCGCUCCUGAGGUCUCUUUGUCAUUAUGACGACAGUGUUCUACUUGGCUCUUGGCUUCAGGAGACUGAUCAUAAGUCCAUUGAAGACCAGCUUCAGCCAAACAGUGCAUCUGGAAGUGGUGCUUUGGAACAUGAUCCUUCUUCUAUUUAUUUGCGCAUCCCUGCUGGUGAAGCUGUACCCGGUCCCCUUCCUCUAGGAGUGUCUGUCAUCGAUGCAUCUGUGGCUCUCUUUGGUGUGGUUUUUCCUCACGUGUCUUACAAACACAGAUUGCAAAUGUUGGAUCACUUUGCUGAAUGUGUCAAGCAGGCUAAGGGUGUUCGACAGCAAGCCGUGCAGCUUAACAUCUUUACUGCUGUUCUUAGUGCCUUGAAGGGGUUAGCUGAGAACAAAAGCACAUUAGGACCAGAAGAAGUUCGCAAAUCUGCUCUAACACUGGUAAUGGGUGCACUUGAUAACCCUAACCCUAUUCUGAGGUGUGCAGCAGGAGAAGCUCUUGGUAGAAUGGCUCAAGUAGUUGGAGAAGCCACUUUCAUCGCUCGAAUGGCUCAGUACAGUUUUGAUAAGUUAAAAUCUGCUCGAGAUGUUGUAUCAAGAACAGGCCAUUCUUUGGCUCUGGGUUGCCUCCAUCGCUAUGUUGGUGGGAUAGGUUCUGGGCAGCAUCUGAAGACCAGUGUCAGUAUUCUCUUGGCUUUGGCACAAGAUGGAACUUCUCCUGAAGUCCAGACCUGGUCUCUCCAUUCACUUGCCUUGAUAGUUGAUUCUAGUGGACCAAUGUACCGUGGAUAUGUGGAGCCAACACUUUCUCUAGUUCUUACUCUGCUCUUAACUGUUCCACCGUCACAUACAGAAGUGCAUCAAUGCUUAGGCCGAUGUCUUGGAGCUAUAAUAACUACAGUUGGGCCUGAGCUGCAAGGUAAUGGAGCUACCAUUUCAACAAUCCGUUCGUCCUGUUUGGUGGGAUGUGCAAUCACACAGGACCAUUCAGAUUCUCUCGUUCAGGCAGCGGCCAUAUCCUGCCUUCAGCAGCUCCAUAUGUUUGCACCACGGCACGUCAACCUAUCCAGUCUGGUUCCCAGUCUUUGUGUUCACUUGUGCAGCUCCCACUUGCUGCUUCGCCGGGCUGCAGUUGCAUGUUUACGACAGCUUGCUCAGAGAGAAGCAGCAGAAGUAUGUGAAUAUGCCAUGAGCUUAGCAAAAAAUGCUGGAGACAAAGAAAAUAGUGGCAUCAAUAUUAAUACUUUCACACCUGGAGCUGGUUCUCGGCGAGAUGGUCAUUCCCGGCAUCAGGGCGUUAAUAUAACAGAGACAGGCCUUGAAGGUGUCCUCUUUGGUAUGCUGGAUCGAGAAACGGAUCGGAAGUUGUGCUCAGAUAUCCAUGAUACUCUGGGACACAUGCUUUCAUCUCUGGCAGUAGAAAACCUUUCUCACUGGCUCAUGCUUUGUAAGGAUGUCCUUGCAGCUUCCAGUGACAUGAGCACUGCAGCUCCCUUGGGAGGAGGUAAGGAUGAAGAAUCCGAGAAGAAGGAUGAGAUGGACGAUGAUACAAUGUUUACUACCCUGGGCGAAGAGGAUAAAACCAAGCCUUCUGUAGCACCUCGCUGGGCAACUCGUGUAUUUGCGGCCGACUGCCUGUGCCGAGUGAUCAUGCUGUGUGAGAAUGCAAACAAGGCACACUUUGAUCUGGCACUGGCUCGCUCAGCCAGACUUAAAAACCCAAAAAAUGACUUCUUAGUACUGCAUCUCUCUGACCUUAUUCGAAUGGCAUUCAUGGCUGCAACUGAUCACAGCAACCAGUUACGAAUGGCGGGUCUUCAAGCUCUUGAAGACAUUAUCAAGAAAUUUGCAUCAGUUCCUGAGCCAGAGUUUCCAGGCCAUGUGAUACUGGAGCAAUACCAGGCUAAUGUUGGAGCUGCACUGAGGCCAGCAUUUUCCCAAGACACACCAUCUGACAUAACUGCCAAGGCCUGCCAGGUACUGAAGAGUAUGUUCAGAUGGUAUAAACCAAACUGAAUACAUUUUCUGCCU